AUGGACUAUUUUUCCCUCUUCCCCAUCCUCGUCGCGGCCCUCUCUAUCUGUUUGGCCUUGAACAUAGCCAUUUAUCGGCUAUGCAUCCACCCGCUAUGUGGCUUUCCGGGCCCAAAGCUCGCUGGCGCCACAUUUCUUUAUGAGUUCUACUACGACGUGAUCAAGGGCGGCAUGUACAUCUGGGAGAUAGAGCGCAUGCAUGAAAAAUACGGACCCAUCGUCCGCAUCAACCCUAGAGAGUUGCACAUCAAAGAUCCGUACUAUUACGAAGUGAUCCACGCCGGCAGCUCUCAAAAGAUGGCCAAGGAUCCCAAGUACGCCGUGGCCUUCGCGGCCCCGUACUCGCUCGUUGGUACCAUAAACCACGACCACCACCGUCUGCGCCGCAGCUUCUUGAGCAACUACUUCUCAAAGAGGUCUGUGGUGAGCCUGACACCAUACAUUCACCGGAAAGUGGACCAGCUGAUCCGCAGGUUUGAAAAUGCCUACCAUCAAUCAACAGUCCUCCACCUGCAAUUAGACUUUGCAGCCCUCACGGCAGAUGUGAUCACGCACUACUGCUACGGCUGGAGCUAUGGCUAUCUGGACGAUACUAACGGUGCUCAAAGCAACGACCUCGUCGAGGCGGUCGCAGGACUUAUGGCUAUGUUCCAUACCAACCGCUUCUUCCCUUUCCUAGUCACGAUCUUUCGCAACGCACCGCCGUCAAUCGUGCGCUGGAUGCAGCCGCAGAUGGCAGAUCUGUUCGAUGUCAAAGCUAAAUUGCGCCAGCAGGCACAGGAUACCCUCCUGAAGAAAGGAGCCAAGGAUGCCAGCUCCUGCGCAAAAGAUACCAUCUUCGAUGCCCUGGCGAGCCCAGAUGUGCCGCCGCAGGAGAGGACGCUGGAUCGAUUGGAAGAUGAGUCUGCAUUGCUUCUAGGUGCGGGCACGGAGACGACUGCGAGGGCUAUUGCGGUGUCUAUGUUUCACCUCAUGAACAACGAGGAGAUGGGGCGGAAAUUGCGCUCGGAGUUGAAGACUGUGUUGAAAACCCCAGAGUCUAAGGCCUCAUGGGUUGAUCUUGAGAAAUUGCCGUACCUGACUGGCGCUGUCAACGAAGGCCUCCGUCUGAGUCACGGUAUGACAUCUCGCCUAGCUCGGAUCUCACCUACCAAGCCUCUGCUCUACAAGCAAUGGAUUAUUCCACCUGGAACCCCCAUCAGCCAGUCAAACUAUUUCGUGCAUAUGGACUCUACACUUUUCCCUGAACCGGAGAAAUUUGACCCAGAGCGAUGGGUUUAUGCCGCAGAGAAAGGCAAGAAUCUCAACCGGUUCAUCGUCGCAUUUACCAAGGGCAGCAGACAGUGCCUGGGAAUCAACCUGGCCUAUGCAGAGAUCUACAUGACAUUGGCACACAUUGUCCGACGCUUCGAUUUCAUGCCGUUUGAGACUACAGUUGAUGACCUGGCUGUCUACCGAGAGCAGGGUGUUGGCUUGCCAAAGUCGGGGUCUUUUAGUGUGAAGGCUAUUGUUGCCGGCAUUGCGGAGGAUUGA